AGGAUAAGUAAUGUAAUGGAAUGUUCUUCACCAUGAAUUUUGCCAGAUUUUUUCACCAGAUUAUGAUGCAAUAAUCCCAUAAUCUUUGGAUCACCGUGCCCGCCCCUGUUUUCUAAAUAACCUUGUGCCCUUUUGCCUAAUUUGUCCAGUUGGUUUCAAGGAAGGUCAUGUCUCGAGCAGUGAGAGUCAACGUGGUUCCAGGCCUGGCACAGGGCUUGUGGGGUGGGACCGGGUCCUGGUUGGGGGUCCUCCUUUGCCUUAUUGCAUUAAUCUACCAAACCAUACAUCUUGGGAACCUACAGAGAGAACUUUCUUCACUUCAGAAGAGCAAGGAGCAAUCCAGCAUGGAGGUGAGAAAGUUCUGGGAAAACCAGCUCUGCUCCCGUCAGAAGAGAGACGUCACAGGGAUGAAAAAACGGAGGCACACCGGAAAUCGCUCUCUGCUUCACCUGGUGCCACAGUCAAUAUAUUCCAAUGUCUCCCAGGACCGUACAGAAAUCUCAUGGAAAGUGUCUCUACAGCAGGGGAAAUCUCUGAAAGUCGAAGACAAGAGUGUACAAGUGAAACAUUCAGGAAUAUACUCAAUUUACAGCCAGGUGUUUUACACAGAUCCAACGUAUACCAUGGGUCAUAUAAUAUUACGGAAGACUGAAGGAGGAUUAGAAGAUAGCAAUAUUCUUCUCAGAUGCGUUCAGAGCAUGCCGGGGGAAAAAUCUCUAGCAUUUAACACUUGCUUCACAUCUGGAGUUUUCCAGCUGCAGAAGGGACAGACUAUUACCCUGGUCAUACCAAGGAGGAAUGCCAGUCUGGAUAUCGGCAGCCAAGCCACAUUUCUUGGAAUUGUCAAAUUGUAGCCAUCCCGGCAAGCUGCCUCAGGACUGCC